AUGGCGCCGCCCGCGAUCAUUGCGCCUUCGAUUCUCAGCGCCAACUUCGCCAAUCUGGGCCAUGAUUGCGCCGAAAAGAUCCAGCAGGGGGCCGACUGGCUGCACAUCGACAUCAUGGAUGGCCACUUUGUACCCAACAUGACCAUCGGAUGCCCGGUGGUCUCCCACAUUCGUGGCUGCGUGGACCGACCCCUCGAGCCCGGGGCGCGGGGCACCUUUGACUGCCACAUGAUGAUUGCGGAGCCGCAUAAAUGGGUCAAGGAAUUCCAAAAGGCCGGCUGUGACCUGUACUGCUUCCACUACGAGGCCGCCGUCUCCUCCGUCGCCGCGACCGAACCUGCCGAUAAGAGCACCACGGAGCCCACCAGUCCGCGUGCACUGAUCAAGUAUAUCCACGAGCAGGGCAUGCAGGCCGGUAUCGCGAUCAAGCCUGACACGCCGGUCGAUGUGCUCUGGGAUAUUCUGGAGAGCUCCGAUGAGAAGGAGCGCCCCGAUAUGGUUCUCGUCAUGACGGUACACCCGGGUUUCGGCGGUCAAAAGUUCAUGGCCUCCGAGCUGCCCAAGGUGUCUGCUUUGCGCGAACGGUAUCCCAACCUGAACAUCGAAGUCGACGGUGGUUUGGGAGUGGGCACCAUCGACCAGGCGGCCGAUGCCGGCGCCAACGUGAUUGUGGCCGGCUCCGCCGUCUUCGGUGCGGAAGACCCGGCCGAUGUGAUUCAAAAGCUGCGUGAGGCCGUUCAAAAGCGUCAAAUUCAGUCCAAGGUCUAG